CGUUUUUCUUUAAAAAAAAACUAAAAUCACGUGCAAUUAAUUAUGAAUGGCAAAAGGAUACGAGAAGUUGGUGUGGAAAGGGAGAGAUUUUUUUAUAGGAAACAAGUAGAACUCACAUAAAGUAUUUGUUAUUUCUUGUUUGGUCUGUUUUUUAUAAACACUGCUUUAAAAAUGGGCGGUGUAUGUUAAUAAGGGGCGGCGUUUAUCAUCACAAGAUGGCGUUUGAAACUCAAGAUGGGGCGUGGUGAAAAGGCUCCUUUUAGUUUUAUAAUAAGCUUCUUCGUAUUGUUUAAGAUCUUCAGUAUAUUUAUUGGUAACAUGUAUAUUAUUAUUUACUGUUUAAACAAUACGAACAUAUAUAUUUAAAACGAACUUUUAACUUCCUUUUGACAAAAAAAAUACACCCCGACGACAACAACACAGAUCCUGUAGAGAACGGUGUUCGUGCAUGUAAAACACGAAGCCAGUCCUGAUGUACCUAUACACGCGAAGUCCGGAACUUGAUCGUUUUUCCUUCCGUGGACUCACUUCCCGAAACUAUUUUUUUGUCAUCAGCUAGCUAUGUUUCGUGUGCUGUACAGCUACAAAAAGAACAAGACAACCCACAACCCAAACAAAACAAGCUUGCAAGAACCUCACUUGCAGAACUUGCUCUUUUUUUUUUUUUUUGAGCUAGCUAAUGGGUAAAGAUUCAAUACACUGCACAACAAACAAACAAAGUAACAACAAUUCUCUAUCAACAAGGCAGCAAAAAGAAAAUUCAAGCAUUGGAUUUUUUUGCAAUAGUUGGGAUCAAUUAUUUAAAUAAUGCUGAAGUACUUUAAGAUCUUAUUAAUAUGUUUUGUCCUUUUCACAUUACUAUAUUUAAUGUGGUACAUAAACCGAUGGCUAAUAAUUCACAACGAUAAUGCUUUAGUAUUUCUUAAAGAUUUUGAUAAAAAUUUGACACUACCUCAAGAGUUUACUUCCAUAUAUAAAGCCUAUAAACCAGAUGUAAAUGAUGAUAGAAUGCUAAAGAACUCAGAAUUUUCAACUCUUGAAGAGCUGCAUCAGUUAAUAUGGAAACAGAUUGCAUAUCUGCAGGAAGGUGGAGACUGUGAGAAGAAGAAAAUUCUGCAUUGUGAAGUAAAUCAUAAUUUUGCUGGUUUUGGUUCCAUAGUACAUAGGUAUGGAGCUUGUAUACAAGUGGCUUAUGGAUUAGGCAGAAUGUUUUUUAUUGAGCAGAACCCUUAUAAACAUUUUGGUGGUUUAACUCAAUGGCUUUUGCCUGAAUCGACCAGAUGUGGAUACAUUAAAAAGAAAUAUCACAGCAUACUUCGGGAUUCUAAAGAAUAUUAUAAAAAUGUUUGUAAAACAAAUGAUAAAAGUUGUUACCUGAAAAACGGCUAUGAUUUGAACAAUACUUAUAAAAUUAUUGAUUAUCGUCCAGAACCAAGUUUUCCAUUGGAUAGACAUAUUCCAGGUUCUAUCCCUCAAGUUAUAGAAAGGGCAUUAAAGAAGUUGGGAGUAAAACAUCCAAAUUUAUGGUUCAGUGCACAAAUGAUUUCGUACUUAAUUCUGCGACCAAACAAUCGGUUUUUAAGAGCGUUGAAUGUUAUUUCGCAUCAUAUUAAAUUUCAGCACCCCAUUGUUGCAAUGCAUAUUAGACAUGGAGACAAAGUCAAUAAAGAAUCCCUUUAUUAUGAUGAAAUAUUAUACGCAAAUCCAGCACAAUUAAUUUUUAACAAAAAUCAUGCAGAUGUUAAAAAACCCUACAUUUAUUUAGCAACUGAUGAUGUAGAAUCUGAAAAGAAAAUAAAGAAAUAUUUACCUAGCCAGUAUAAAAUAAUAUCAAUGCCGCAAAAAAUUCGAAAAGCAGCUCUGGACUAUUACCAUAUAAUAGAAACACCCCCCAUAGAAGUGACUGAGUCUAUGUUGAUAGACCUGUAUUUUCUCGGCCAGUCAGACUAUGUCAUAUGCACCCUUACUUCAAAUGUUUGCAGACUUGUUUAUUUAAUGAAAUUAGCUAGGAGUCCAUACAAAUUAAAUGAAGAUACGAUUAAAUCUUUAGACGUGCAAAUGUACUACGAAUUUCACGGAUACAGGUACAAUCCUGGUGAGAAAAAUGUUAGGAUAUCAGUUCGAAGAAAUAAAAACACAAGUGCUGUUGAUGUGGAAAUAUUGCCUUACGAUAAAGGAGAUAUGUUCUUUAAAAUGGAUGAUAUUCGUGAUAGUAAAUACGGUAAGAUUAUGAAAGUUCGUCAGCUUAAAAAUAAGCCAAGAACAGGUUAUAUUUUUGUAAAUGAUGUUAUAACUUGGCCUGGAUAUCCAGAAUAUUACUUUUUUCCUGAAAAUUAAAUAAAAACAACAUUAUUUAUAAUAAAAAAUUAUAAACAGGCAUAUAUGUAUAUAUAUUUUUUUAUUUCAUAUUUAUACUCUCUGUCUUAUUUAGAAUUAUAUAUAAAUUUUCAUUUAAAAAUUAAUUUGCACUUUUUUCAUGUAACGUCUACUAAAUCUUUGCACAAUUUAAACGAAAAAAUUCAAGUUUUUGUGUAUUUUAAGCCCAAAAAACUAGGCUAUGAAUAUACUGAACGAUCAUUAUAUUUCAUAGCCUCGUUUUUUUAUUUAUGAUAUGUUAAUAAUAUCAGGGUUACCACUCUGGCUAAAAAAACUUGGCUAAAAGGCAUUACUUCUGCUAAUUUCAGUUUUUCCUCUUUUUCCUGGUGAAUCCUCAGGAAGCCAGUGUUUAUUCCUCCAUCACAUAUGUUUGUUUUUUUAUAAGCGUAAAGUUUAUAAGCAUAUUAAGCGUAAUGUAAGCUUACUGUAAGCCUGAUUGUGUUUUCUGCACGAUCAUAUCCCAACCUACUUUUGAAUUUUCACUUGCUUAUAAAAUAAACAAAAAAAACAUGUAAACUCGGAGAACAAUAAAAUUAAUUCACGAUGUUAUAUUUUUAAGUAAUUUUAUCUUAAAUUUGAGUGUUAAUAUAUAGCUGCACAUUUUACGCUUGUUUCUCGUAUUUGUAGUAUUUAAGCGGCUAGGGUUCAUAACGUUUCUUAAUAUUUGGUUUCAGCCUAA